GCCGCCGCCCUGAGGAGGCUCCGGGCCACCGCCGCCGCCGCCCCCCCUCGGCGCUUCGAUCCCCCCCUGGGCGGCCGCUGAGGGCCCGGCGGGCGGGCCAGGCCGGCAGGGAGGCAGAAUUGUUACUAUGGCAACCCAGGUACUGGGGCAGUCUGGUGGGAGCGGCCUGUUUCCUGGCAAUGCUAACCUUGGCAUGGCGAUGCCAAACGACAUGUAUGACUUUACUGAACUUUCCAAAGCGGAGCUGGCAGCUCCUCAGCUUAUUAUGUUGGCAAAUGUUGCCCUGACUGGAGAAGUUAAUGGCAACUGUUGUGAUUACAUGGUUGGUGAAGAGAAGCAAAUGGCUGAACUGACAACUGUGGGCAACACCAGUUUUUCAGACAGUGAAGAUAUAGAUGAUGCUCAGGAUGUGGAGAGUGAGCAUGAUGGCCUGGAAGACAUGGAACUGGCAGCCCUCGAAGCCCCUCAGGCUCCAAGCACGGAAACUGCCGAACAGACAGAAUCUGCUGGUCUUGCCAGCCCAGGCAAAGACAUCCCACUGAAAGCACCAGGUGCGCCAGAGACUGCCGACGACAAAUCUAAGAGCUUGAAGAACAAGCCGUUUCGUUGCAAGCCUUGUCAGUAUGAGACGGAGUCCGAAAAGGAGUUUGUGGAUCACAUCCGGGUACAUGGUGCCAACCGAUUCAUUGUAGAAGAAAAAGCCGAGAAGCAUGGCCAGGCUAAAGAAGCUGAGUCUGCUAGCACGGACGAGGUGGAUUUCUCCAAGGGACCCAUUAGAUGUGAUCGCUGUGGCUAUAAUACCAGCAGAUACGAUCACUAUCUAGCCCACCUGAAACACCACAACAAAGUAGGAGAAAAUGAGCGGGUCUACAAGUGCACCAUCUGCACAUACAUGACGGUCAGUGAAUAUCACUGGAAGAAGCAUCUCAGAAACCAUUUUCCACGGAAGGUAUACACAUGCUCCCAGUGCUCCUACUUUUCAGACAGAAAGAACAACUAUAUCCAGCAUAUUCGAACUCAUACUGGAGAACGUCCAUAUAGAUGUUCCAUGUGUCCAUAUUCCAGUUCUCAGAAGACACAUUUAACCAGGCACAUGCGUACUCACUCAGGUGAGAAGCCUUUUAAAUGCGAACAGUGCAGCUACGUGGCAUCAAACCAACAUGAAGUGACUCGGCAUGCGAGGCAGGUUCACGAUGGGCCCAAGCCGCUAACCUGCCCCCACUGCGAAUACAAAACAGCAGACAGAAGCAACUUCAAGAAGCACGUGGAGCUCCACGUCAGUCCACGUCAGUUCCUGUGCCCUGUCUGCGAGUACGCUGCAUCCAAGAAAUGCAACUUGCAGUACCACAUUAAAUCCAGGCAUCCCGACUGUUGCGGUAUCACCAUGGACGUCUCGAAAGUAAGAUUGCGGACUAAAAAGAGUGAAGUGAAUGCUUCAGAAAAUGUUAAUAAUGACAAUAAAGGGGGACAAGAGAAAGCAAAGAAAGAGUCUACUGAAAAGAAGAGUGAGAAAGCUGUAAAAGAAGAGAAGAAGGAGAACCAGUCUAAAGUGAAGAAACCAGCUAGCAAUGUUGGUACAGGCCAGGUGACAACCCGAAGUCGCAAAACAGUGGCUGAAAAGAAGGAGGCUGUGAAACCUGAGAAAAUGACAGAGAAAUCUGGCAAAUCAAAGAAGUCAAAAAGAAAAGCAGAGGAUUUGUCUUUGAAAAAAGAUCCUGCACCAGACACGGAUGUAAUAGCAAAAAAGAAGAAGAAAAUGGAGAAGAAGUCCCCCAAAUGUCAGAACUCUCAAAAGUUUGAAAGCAAAUCUGAGGCAGCCAAAAAGCAAAAUUCUUGCCAUAAGAAAAACAAGAAAAAGAAAUCCUUGAAGAGCAAGGCUGCUAAAAACAACAAAACAGAUGGCAAAAAUGUCCCAAGUGAGCAGCCCGUCUCUGCAGAAGUUCUUCCUAGAGAGGAUGGAGAAAAGAAGGCACCUGAGGAUCCGGGCCAUGAACUGCAGCCCAUCGGUGUUCCAGAGGAUGGAGCGAACCAGGAAGACGCCCUGCAGGAGAAUCUGCAGGAUCGAGAACCACGCGAUCAAGAGCUGCAGGAUCCAGAGGCACAGCCUCCACAGCAUGUGGCCAAAACCAUGGAGGCAGAUGCAAAAGACCAAGAAAUGCCCGCGAGGGAAGAGGAGACUGCAGACGCUUCUCAGAGCAAAGUUGAAAUUGAGCUCUCUCUCAUUCCUGUAGUCAGCUCUGAGGACUUUUCUGAUACUGCCUUGGAAAAAGAGACAGAUGUGCUAAAGGACACUUCACCAGAUUUGGCCCCAGAGAUUCAGCCCGUACACCCUUGUGAGAUGGAAAUGGUAGCCGAUCCAGGUUUGGCUCAAGCAGCUCAGCCAAUGCAGAUCUGUGAAACAGAAACGGUAAUAACUCCACAUCCGGAAGGUGACAGUUCUACAACAGAGCUGCAGGCCGAAGCCCCAGAAGGAGCUUUGGCUUCACAGUUGCCGGAAGAAGCCGAGCAAAGCGCUCAGGCAGACCUGGCUUCAGUGCCGCCCAGUGGUGUGCCAGGGAAUGAACACCAGGAGAUAGAGGAGGACGAGGGCAUCCACAGCCACGAGGGCAGCGAUAUCAGCGACAACGUAUCGGAAAGAAGUGAUGAUUCUGGAUUGAAUGGUGCCCGGUCAGUGCAGGAGGAAGCAGGCCGGAAGCCAUCUGAACAAGCGGCAGAAGCGGCAGAGGCCGCAAAGGAGAACUACGUGUGCAUAUUUUGUGACCGUUCUUUUAACAAAGAAAGUGAAUACAGUAAACACCUGAACCGUCAUUUGGUAAAUGUGUACUAUCUGGAGAAGGCAACGAAGGGGCAAGAUUAACCAAACUGCUGUUUAACGACAGUGAUUUCUUCCUCUGUAAGAUCUCCUAGAGCUUUGGUACAGUUCUUGUAGAAUCUUUGCUUAAGCUCUGUUGGCUUAUAUACUUUUCAAGUUGUUGGUUGUGUUUUUCCUGACCUUUGAUGAAAUGUUGAGUUAAUUAACUAUUUGUAUCUCUUUGUGUAGAGAGGGCAAGUAGGGUAUGUAACGCUGUUGCUUGUUAAGUCUGCAUAAUCUCCUGGAUACACCUCUGGAAUCACUUGAGUAUUUCUGUGAAUUUCCUCCAGAACUCGUUCAUAAGUAGUUGGUUUCAAGUUGAGGGGGACUCAGGCACAGUCCGCUGGGAGUGUCUUGGCACAAGCUCAGAAAAAAAGGGGAGUUUGUGAGAGUGUGGCUGUGACCUUGCACAAUUCGAGUUGUCUCCAUGGACUUGUGCAGCAGAUGUUCUCAGUGGACUGGAUCUGUUCCGUCAUUACAUUCCUGGGAGAAAUUUUAGCCUGAUCGGAGAUGAGGGCGCCUGUUCUUUCCUCUUUCCACCCCCACCGCUGAGGGGACCUGAAUUGCCGCAUUUAUUGCCUGUGACAUUCUCUAAUCAUCCAACGUAAGCUCCUCUUUUAUUUGGCUUCAUUCAGAGACACCCCCCCCCCAGUGUGGAAGCCACUUCCAUGUGGUGUAAUUCUAUGCCAUGCACCCUGUGUGUGUGUGAACAGCAGAACCGCAAACGUAGGGCCAAUCGUAUGGGUUUUUCAUAUUCAUGUGGUUGGCUUUCCCAAUAUGGUUCUGAAAUUCAAAAUACUCAACUGUAUAUGAAUGGAAUCUUUAUGCAGACUGGUGAUUAAGGAGAUACAGUAUUCAUAGAAGUACACACGUGGGUUCAUCAACUUCUCCUUGAAGAGUGUGUGUGGUUUUGAGUCUCAGGAAUCUGAGACUCGGGAAUCUGAGAAUCCCCCCAGGUUCAUCUGCCCCUGGACAAAGGCACAAGCCCUCUGUGCUCCAGGAACCAAGUGCUUUCCGAACAGGAGCAGGAAGGAUAAUUGUAUUCUGGAUGUUUCCAGCAGACUCUUUCUUGGUUGGUGCGAUGAGUGUUUAAAGAACUUAUUAGCUGAUCCAUAAAAAAUGCAGUGACUUAAUUUGUAAAAACAGCACUUUGGGAAAAAACGUUGGCUGGCAGUGAUCACUUGGUCAUGGUUUUAAGUUGCAUAUACAUUUCAGGUCCCCUAAUCAUGAUCAGCAAACCAAAAUUUUGGAGUAAUAUUUCCAUCUAGUUGAUUGGUGAAUCCAUGUUUGGUAAAUAUCACUUUAACACAAGGUGAUUGUUUCCUUUAGUGCUUUAAGAGAGGAAAAAUAUUGCACAUAAUUUGUCCUUAUUUUUACCUAUGCAGUUUAAACUUUUAGAAAUUUAGCAUUUGUGUUGUAUGUGACCUCUUCUAUAUAUGCAUGUUUGGUUUUGUUAAUGGAUUCCCCCCCCCCCCCCGAUGCUUAGGCUUUGAGGUUUGUUGCUUACCAUGGGCAGUGUUCUCAGCCUUUCUUGACCACAAAUUUGACGGUUCUGUUAUUGCUUAUUAUUUUUAUAAAAAUAAUUGAACGCUGAGGAGGCCACAGCAGCUUUAGUUGCACACCUUUGGAGCAAAUUACGCGCUUCACUUUUCUCAGAGAAGUUGUUCUGUCCAGGCCUCAUCGAAUCGAAUGGGAGGGGCAUCGAGAAGACCCUGGUGGCGCACUUGCAACGCUCUCGGUCUCUCCGUUAAGAGUUUGCGCAGUGGAGCCACCCACUUGCUUGGGCCUGCUGGGAAAAGCGCCCCCCCCCCCCCCCGGCCGGUGGCUGCUUGUGCAUAUUUCCUUAUAAGGGUGCCUGCCCAAUUAAGACAAAUUGUAGCAUUGAUAAUGUCUCUUCCUUGUGUAAAGUUCCAUGUGUCAGAAAAAAGCUGGUAAGCAACAAACCUUGAAAUAAGGGUGAUGUAGAAAUACUUGUUCCUUAUCCAAUCAAGUUUUGAUUAAAUUAAUUACCCAUACCCAUUUAUGAUUGGCACAAAGAUGAAUAAAAAUGAUUGGGUGUUGAACUUGCAGCCACUGGGAGAAAAGUCACAAGAAAUUUUAAUGCACAGGUCUAUUUCCAGUAAGGCUUGAUCUUUUUGGAGCAAGCAAAGUGAGAAAUCUGCUGUUGUUUUGCAAAAUUGAGCUAGACUCCUUUGCUAUUACCUCCCCUUUGUACACCACAACCCGUUGUUGUUGUCCUGAAGUUUGUGGAUAUAAACGCUCUCUAGAGCUCUACAAAACAACAGCUAUGGAAGUCUGUGCUGGUGAAGGCUACAAUUUACCACAAAGUUCCUCUGGGUAAUCCCUGUUAAAAUGAACCAGAGCAAUGUAGUAGCACAGCUCCAGUUGAUUUGAGCAGAGCUUGUGCAGGAGAACUUCCUAGUGGAUUCUGCCACCAAAUGGCUGUCAAAGGUUUUAAGUCCUGUUGCAAAAAUACUGAAUUUUUUCCAUCUUGGAGACUUGCAUUAAUUUGAGUUGUAAGUAGGUUCUCCCCCACCCCCUUUUUGCUGGAACCAUUUGUAGCUGCAUUUCAACAUAACUUGGCUGAAUAGAGGAACCUGAUACUGAUGUGUUUGGGGGGUGGGGGUGGGGAGUUUGUACUGGGAGGCCAAAGAUCUAUGGGAGAAGAAUCCCUUUAGGACAGAAAAUAAUUGUAUAAUGUUAGAUAUUUGUGUGUGAAUAGCUUAUGUCCAAUACUUACUUUGGCUGCGACAAUCAUUGCCAACUGAGAAUCAAGUUGCAACUAUAUUUAUGUUGAACCAUUAAACACUGCUAAAAUGUCUUCCUAACCAGUUAGAAUAGUUAUAGAUACAGCUUUAUUGCUGGGUGUAAAAUAUUGUCAUGUUUUGUAAGAGGUUUGGACAGUGGCUGGAAAUUCCAGUACUGUGUAGAAGUUUUGAGUCUCUUCCUAUUUUUAAAAAGUUGUUACCGUUUUGUAAAAGCCUUUAUGGCCUUGAGCUACAGUUUUAUGAAUCUUUUUCAACCAAGUUGGUUGAAAAGAUGAAGGCAAACAUGUGGCAAUAGAGCUAAUGACAUGAGUGGAUUUGACAUCGCAUGAAAAUGCUGUUUUGUUGUUCAGAGUACAUGACUAGCAAACGAUCGGGAGGGCUAAAGAUUCCACCCUUGACAGAAGUCUGUGCCUGUUCGGCCGUGUAUUUGAGCCCAAGAGCGCAGCCGAAUAUUACACAAACAAAUCUGCACAUGAGCCGGUUGUGAGUGACUGGCUUGUGAAAGUGGCUAGAAAUCCCCGUGCUUUCUGUUUAGAAUAGAUGGAGUUAAUGUACCAGCUGGGCAGUUUUUAAUGUAUACCAGUAAAAGAUGGGAAUGUCAUUCCUGACUUAAUGUUAGGCAAUGCUAAGGGGGUAAGUGAAAUUAGUGUUGAAAUGUAGAUAAAUUACUGUAUUACUGCUUAAAGUAGAUGUUUCUGAAAAUGAACAUUAGGGUCGUUGCGGGAAUUUUAGGUACAGCUUUCCAGCUUCUUCCUUAUCAAAGGGCUUUUCUCUGCAGUGGCGCCUGUUGCGCCAUCCGUGGUGCCUUGCGUGGGGCAGUGGCUAAGCGGCACUUUGGUGCUUGUAGAAAUAAACGCUAAAGAUGAGUACCACAAGUAACCUGAAGAAUAACUAGGGACUCGCAACACGUGUUUAUUUUGCUGCUAUUUGGGGCUUGAUUGACCCCAAGGGCUGGAACUUUGAUUUUUUAAAAAAUAGAACAAACUGACAGGUCAGUUAAUACUCAUAAUGCUGUUGAUUUCGAUGUUAAUUUUUGCUGAUAAAUUGUAAACAGGUUCAGAUAGAUUAUUGCAUUUGGUUGUGUAGCUAACAAGUUGAGAUACAGUAUCAGUUGCAUCCAGGUAGCUUAAGAAAAUGAUUUCACACGUGUGUAUAUACAUUUUUCCCUCCUUUGAAAAGAAAACCACACUAGCUAAUGAACGUUUUGCAAGCUGGCACUGAAAUGUUUUUUAUGUUGGGUUGCACCAUGUUUGAAGCUUUUUACAGUGCAAUACUUGUAUUAUUUUCUCAAUUUAAACCAAAGGUAAUUUUUUCAUGCUUUCUAUCUACUGUAGUGCAUGAAAAGCUUUUAUACAUUUGUAAUAGAUGUAAAAUCAGAGCAGAUCACAUGUCCUGUUUUUUUUUAAUUUACCUAAACUAUGUACAAGCCUUUGUCCAAAAUGUUAAGGUUAAACUAAAUGGCAUAUUAACCCUUGAGUGUAUUUUCCUAAGCAUAGUUAUAAGUCAAUAAACUUUAUUAAGCUUUUAA